UGUGCGCGCCAUUCGACGGAUCAUCCCCCAUCGCUAUCCGAAAUCCUGCUGGUUGACCGGAUCAUCGAACUGGAGCCGGGCAAGCGCGCGGUGGGCCUCAAGAACGUGACGACCAACGAGUGGUUCUUCGAAGGUCACUUCCCCGACAACCCAAUCAUGCCCGGCGUGCUGAUCAUCGAGGCGCUGGCUCAGACCGCCGCAGUCGCCGCAUUGUCGGCGGACGAGUUCAAGGGAAAGCUCGGGCUGUUCGCGGGCAUCGACGGCGUGCGCUUCCGACGCCAGGUCGUACCCGGCGAUCAGCUGCGCCUCGAAGUGGAAAUGGAUCGUCUGCGCCGGGGCAUCGGACGCGCCAGCGCGAAAGCGACGGUCGAGGGAGAGACGGCGGCGGAGGGUCGGUUGACAUUCGCGCUGGUUGAUCCGCCCACUGACAUGUGA